AUGCGCAGGGCCAUGUGCCUGAGCCCUGAGCCCCUCCAAAACCUAGCUGACCUGUCUGGCUCUGCAUCUUUUCAUUCGUGCCGAUUCAUCUACGCCACCAUCUGUCGUCAUGUAAGUCCAGCCGUGUGUGUUUCUCUUGACUUCACCGCCAUCACCGCCUGUGCUCCUCUUCCUUCCUGUGGCCAUCGUAUGUCCGGGUCCUCGGCGUCUCUGCGAUUCCCGGACGCAAGCAAGCUCAUACAUCAGGCUACACCAUUCUGCCUCGUGAAACCGAGGGUCCGGCACGCCGAGUAG